UUCAACUCUAGUAGGUUUAUGCCUACCAUCAAAAAGCUCACACCUUUUUGAUAAAUUCAUUGAAUAGAUGUUUGGGUUUGCCGAGUAAAAUGAAAUUUCUUCAACUUUUCAGCUCAGAAAUGGCUAAAUUGAGGUGGGUUUUUGAAAGUUAACAAUCAAAUCAUGAUUUAACUUCAUAUAUUCAUAUACUAGUUUAGAAGAGUUUGCACUCUAAUUGUUUGUGAAAAGUUAUCUUGUAUAAUUACUUUGCUUUUGUGUGGUGCACAAUGGUGGGUAUGUUGAGGAGUCCAAUUGCAGUUCAACUUCCAUUGCAUAGGUUGGAUAUCCAGUACCCAGAAAAUAAAUUUUGUAGAAAUUGUUUUCGUUGUAAGCUUGAAUUUGGUUUAGCUAAGCAGAGAAGAAUUUAUGUUCCAAAAAUGAGUUGUAUUGGCAGAAAAAAGGUGAAUCGGGUUGUGUUAAGUCACUUAGAACAUGAAUUAGUUGAUGAUGAAGAAAACAACAACCAAAUGUUGUUUCGGAAUGAUGAAAGAAAUGUGGGUCGUAGAGAUGAAAAGUUUUUGGUGCCUCCUUGGGGAAAUCUAGAUGAAAGGUUAGAGUCUAAAAUAGAUUCAGUUCCUUCUAAUUCUGGGAGGGUAAGUUGUGUUCUUGAACCAAGGUUGCAUUUCUUGGAGGAAAGGGAUGAAGAGGUUUUGUCGAAGAGGAUCUUGAACCUUAGUAGGACUAAUAAGGUUAACAGUGCAUUUGAUUUGUACAUGUCAAUGGAAGUAUCAGGUCUUCAACCUAAUUUACAUGCAUGUAACUCACUUAUUGCUUGUUUUUUGAGGAAUGAGUUUUUCGGGGAAGCGUUGAAAGUUUUUGAGUUGAUGAAGAAAAAUGGAGUAACUUCAGCACAUACUUACAGUUUGAUUCUCAAAGCGGUUGCGCGCGUUAAAGGUUGUGAUUCAGCAGUUGAAAUGUUUGUGGAAUUGGAGUGUGAAAGUAGACUAAGAAAGGAUUUUGAUGUGCUUGUCUAUAAUACAAUGAUAUCGAUUUGCGGGAUGGCUAAUAAUUGGAUUGAAGCGGAGAAAAUGUGGAGAAGUCUUAAUAAAAAUGGUCAUCAAGCCACAACAGUUACUUAUGGUCUGUUAGUUGGCAUUUUUAUGCGUUCAGGUCAAAGCGAACUCGUUAUAGAUGUCUACAAUGAGAUGAUUGAAAACAAAUUGGAACCUAGGGAGGAUAUGAUGCAAGCUAUAAUCUCUGCAAGUACUAAAGAAGGGAACUGGAGUUUAGCGCUUAACGUAUUUAAAAGCAUGUUGGAUUCUGGGUUCAGUCCGAACAGUGUUGCCUAUAAUUCCUUGAUCAACUCACUUGGGAAAGCUGGGGAAAUCAAAUUAACCUUCUGGGUUUUUGAUCACAUGAAAUCUUCUGAUAAAAAGCCUGAUGAAUACACAUGGAACGCAUUGCUCAAUGCUUUAUACAAGGGGGGCAGAUAUUCAGAUGCUCUUUGGCUAUUCGAGAGCAUCAAAAUGAAGCAAAAAUCGCAGUUAAAUCCUCAUUUAUACAACACUGCUCUCAUGUGUUGUCAGAGGCUUGGUUUAUGGGAUAAAUCGGUGCAGAUUUUGUGGCAAAUGGAAUCUGGUGGUAUGGUGGUUUUUGUUGAAUCGUACAAUCUUGUAAUUGAUACUUGUGAGGUUGCAAGGACACCAAAGGUUGCUUUGCAGGUUUACGAACACAUGGUUCACAAAGGUUGUACGCCAAACACAUUCACUUACUUAUCAUUGAUAAGAUCAUGCAUCUGGGGUUCCCUUUGGCCUGAAGUGGAACAAAUUGUAGAUAGUGUUCCGCCAGACGUAUCACUUUACAAUGCAGCAAUUCAUGGGAUGUGUUUACGAGGGAAGAUCAUGUCAGCAAAGAAGCUAUAUAUAAAAAUGCGUGACAGAGGCCUCCAGCCUGAUGGUAAAACACGAGCAUUAAUGCUUCAAAACUUGAAAAGAGAUUCAGUUAGACUGCGGAAGAGGUACCCAACUCCUCGUCGUUCCUUGGAUGAAAGACGGUUGUAGCUUAUGUUAGCUUUAAUUGGUACAUAAGAAUUUACUAUACAUAUUAGAGCUGUACACUGAUAAUAACUUUUGCACUGGGAUUAUUUAUGAUGAGUUGCUCCUCCCUCCGUCAACGGAGAACUUGUACGGGAUGCUUUUCUCUAGUAAUUGUGGCAAAUCCUUGAUUCACAAGAGAGAAUGGACAACACAUUCACAUCAUCUGUAAUCUUUAUAUCAUUAAUUAAUUUUAUUUUAAUAA